CGAGCCGUGAGCUGAGAGUGCUGGAGAGAAUCUGGAUCACGGACAGAACUACUUGAGCAGCACCGUGGACAGCGCCCGGCAGUUCCAGGAUCCAGUUCUCUUAUAGCCACUUGCUCUUUCACUCACUCACUCACUCACUCACACACACACACACACACACACACACAGACACUCCGUCUGUCACACACACGUGUUUGCUUCACACAUAUACAUACACAUACACGCUGGCACACCCAGAGAUCACAGAUACAAUGGCAGAGUCCCACUUGCAAGCAUCCCUGAUUACAGCCUCACAGUUUUUCGAGAUCUGGCUCCAUUUCGACGUUGAUGGAAGUGGUUACCUGGAAGGUAAGGAGCUACAGAACUUGAUCCAGGAGCUGCAGCAGGCGCGGAAGAAGGCUGGAUUGGAUUUGUCACCUGAAAUGAAAACUUUUGUGGAUCAAUAUGGGCAGAAUGAUGAUGGGAAAAUAGGAAUGGUAGAGUUGGCUCAUGUAUUACCAACGGAAGAGAACUUCCUGCUUCUCUUUAGAUGUCAGCAGCUGAAGUCAUGUGAGGAAUUCAUGCAGACAUGGAGAAAGUAUGACACUGAUCAUAGUGGCUUCAUAGAAACUGAGGAACUGAAGAACUUUCUAAAGGACUUGCUAGAGAAAGCAAACAAGACUUUUGAUGACACGAAAUUAGCUGAAUAUACAGACUUGAUGCUGAAAAUGUUUGACUCCAACAAUGAUGGAAAGCUGGAAUUAACUGAAAUGGCUAGGUUGCUACCAGUACAAGAGAAUUUCCUGCUUAAAUUUCAGGGAGUCAAAAUGUGUGGAAAAGAGUUCAAUAAAGCUUUUGAGUUGUAUGAUCAGGAUGGCAAUGGAUACAUAGAUGAAAAUGAGUUAGAUGCUUUACUGAAAGAUCUCUGCGAAAAGAACAAGCAGGACCUGGACGUUAACAACAUUUCAACAUACAAAAAAAGCAUCAUGGCUUUGUCAGAUGGCGGCAAGCUGUACCGAACAGAUCUGGCUCUCAUCCUCUGUGCCGAUGACAACUAGAGACCCACAAUUACAUUCAGUCACUAGUGAUACAUUGUAUCUAUAUAAUAACUGUGCACUAUUAAGGGAGUAGGCUGUACUUUCUUUUAUAUCUGUAAAUUUACCUGCAUAUAGAUGAUUAUCCAGGAUGUGUGGCACAUUCUUUUCAGUUUGUUUCUAUACUGUUUGUAAUGUACAGUUUUUGUAACUCUAUGAUCAAUCGAUAAGAAGAAUGUCUCUGUCUGGGUCAGUCUGUAAAUUCAAUAAAACCACCUAAAAUUGCUCUUGCUUUCUGAAAUAUAGUUGGACAAGAUUUCAAAAAGAAAAAAAAAGCAGCUUAGAGCUAUUCUGUGAAAAUCAUCCUCUGCCAUUUCAAUUCAUGUUUCUCCCCAAUCAGAAGCAUUGCAUACAAUGGACCGGGAAGCCUUACUUUAGGAGGGAUCACAGGUCUGACACCCAAAGCAUUUAUAUGCCAUAUCCAGUCAUAGGGAAGAAAAUGCUCUUAGAGCAAAAUCACUCACUGAAACAUAAAUAUCUAAUUACUAAUUACUUAUACCUCCAUGCAGCCAUAGCAAGAAAGGAAUUAAUCAACACAUCUAUUCUGUGGAAUAGAAUCCAUGACAACACUGUAUUUAUUCAAUACAAUUAGCACUUAUGAAAAUUUUUU